UCACUGCGUCACACGUGCUUCAACCGUAAACAUUUGAUUUGUUAAAUGAUUUAAUUUAGUGAAGCAACUACUAAAAAAUGACGCACCUGCCGACGGUUGAAAACCCAGAGGCGAUAGAGACGCGUUCUGUCUUCAAGGAGAGCAGCUGCAUCUUUCGGCGGAACAGGGCUCUCGGUUAUGUGAGCAAUCAUGUUCCAGCCGUUACCCGGUACGUGCAGCGCCGGAGGGACACACUCUUAAUCACUUGCAUCGGUCGCUCCUUCCAAGUGUACACUGCCAGCCAUUUCCGGCUGAUACAUGUCAGUGGUCUCCAUCCGGAUGAGAUCACCGCUCUGGCCACGGAUCGCCUGCACACGUACACUGCAAGCAACAAGUGCAUAUUCGCCUGGCGAGCGGGCAAGCACAUCCGGCACGUGUACCGCGGCCACCAAAAAGAUGUUCACCUGUUGCUGCCCUUUGGCACGAAUCUGAUUGCCAUAGAUCGUGCCAAUGUCCUCAAAGUGUGGAACAUACCCACGGAGGACGUAUAUCUGGAGGUGCCUUUUCGCCCUGAAGAGUUCCAAAUCACCGCAGUGGCACACCCGCCCACUUAUAUCAACAAGAUACUGCUGGGGUCCCAGCAGGGUCAAAUUAAGAUCCUGAACAUCAAGAAGAACACCGUGGUCUGCACCUUGAGCCAUCACAAGAGUAGGAUCACCUGCAUUGAACCUGCUCCUGCCUUGGAUGUAGUGGCCGUGGGUCACGGAGACGGCGCAAUCAUUGUGCUGAACCUCAAGUUUGACGAGGUGCUGAUGGGAUUCCAGCAGGACUGGGGACAGGUAACCAGGUUAGCCUUCCGCACGGAUGGACCACCGAUCCUGGUAUCUGCUUGCAGCAACGGUUACAUGGCCUUUUGGAAUCUGGAGGAGCGCAAGUUGGCCGGCCAACUGCAGGCCCAUGAGGAGUCGGUGACCACCGCUAUUUGUCUGCCUAAUGAGCCUGUGGUCUUCACUACUUCGCCGGAUAACUCGAUGAAAAUGUUUGUGUUCGACAUGUCAGAUGGUGGAGCGAGGCAACUUAGGAUCAGAGAAGGUCACACGAAGCCACCGCUCUGCAUUAGAUACCAUGGCAGCUCUGGAGUGUCAAUUCUCUCCUCCGGCGAGGAUAGCACAAUGAGGGUGUUCUCCACCAUCGCCGAGUCGCUGAACAAGAGCAUGGGCAGGGCCACCUACAACCGGAAGGCAACCAAAAAGAAGAACCGCUUCCAGUACGACAAGUUCUCCAUGCCGCCAAUCCUGGAGUUCACAUCGGACACAGCACGCGAGAAGGAGUGGGACAACAUAGCCGCCAUCCAUGCGGGCAUUAUUCAGACCACCACCUGGACAUUCGAUAAGAACCGCAUGGGUGAACACCGUCUGGUGCCCAAGCAGUUCCAAAAUAAGAACCGCAGCGAUUUCCAAAGCGAAACCACCUGCCUCGUGCUUACCCACUGCGGCAACUUCGUCAUCGUUGGCUAUAGCACUGGCGACAUCGAACGCUUCAAUAUCCAGUCAGGAGCACAUCGUGCAAGCUACGGUUCACCGGGUCACCAGAAGGCAGUGCGCGGCGUGGCUAGCGAUAAUCUGAACCAGACCGUGGUCUCUGGCUGCUCGGAGGGCCUCGUCAAGUUCUGGGCAUUUAAGGGAAAAGUUGAUAAACCUGUGGCCGUUCUUCGUCUGGCAGAUGGAGUGACCAUGAUGAGGCAGCACCGCGAGAGCUCAAUGCUGGCCAUCGGACUGGAGACUUUUAAAGUGUUCGUCAUGGACAUGCAUACGCGUGUGAUUGUGCGCAAAUUCUUCGGCCACACGGCCAAGCUGAAUGACCUCACAUUCAGUCCGGACAGCCGUUGGCUGAUCACCGCCGCCAUGGAUUCAACGAUAAAGGUGUGGGACAUACCUUCCUCCUACAUGGUAGAUCACUUCCGAGUAGAGGCGCCAUGCGUUUCGCUGACCAUGUCGCCCAACGGCGACUUCCUUGCCACAGCUCAUGUCAAUCUGUUGGGCAUUUACCUGUGGGCCAACCGGACGCUCUUCAAUCAGAUUUCUCUGCGUUCUAUCGAUCCGUGGGAACCUGCUCCUUAUGUAGGAUUACCCACCAAUGUUUGCGAUGCUAUGGAAUUGGAGGAUGGUUUAAUAAAACUGGAAAUUGACGACGAGGACGAGACAAAACUCGGCGAGCUAAUCGAUGCCAAGUAUGAGACUCCCACUCAGCUUUCCAAAGAAUUAAUAACGCUAUCCGGAUUGGCUGCAUCGCGGUGGCAGAAUCUGCUGGAUCUGGAGCUGAUAAAGCAACGCAACAAACCCAAGGCGCCGCCAAAGGCUCCCAAGCUGGCUCCAUUCUUUCUGCCCACAGUCUCUGGCCUAGAACUCCGCUUCGAUGUGGAGAAUGGCCAGAAACAGGACGAGAGCUCACGCAUUCGAAAGGCCUCUGCAAUGAACAAUCUAACUGCUUUCGGACGACUACUGGAGGGAACUGCUACCAGUUAUGACUUUCCAUCCGCUGUGUCGCACCUCACCCAACUGGGACCCUCGAUGAUAGACUUUGAAAUUAAGUCCCUGCAUCCGGAAGCAGGAGGUACCUUCCUCGCCAUGCUGCAGUUCCUCAAGCUAAUGGAGUUUAUGUUUGGAACUAAUCUAAACUUUGAGCUAGCUCAAUCCUAUCUGAGUGUCUUUCUACGAUCCCACGGCCUUGGCUUGACCGAGUCCCCGGAGUUGGUGAGGGCGCUGCGUAGCGUUUCUGAGGUGCAGCUAGCUGCCUGGCAGCGGGUCGAGGAGAAGCUGAUCUACGGCACUGGCGUUGUGGCUGCACUCAGGAAUUUUGCACAUUAGUUAAUAGUAAAUAUAAGUGUUCUUGUAGAGACAUUAACGAAUACGUUGUAAAUAAAUUUACAAGACAUUUUAA